AUGGUCAAAGAAAGACGGAUCAAACAUUAUAGCAACAAGCAGAAGAUACUGCUAGUUGCCGCCUGCCUAGCUAAGUCUUUCAGAAAUGCCCGCGAUUCCAAAGAGAAGCUGGAAUUGAGAUAUACAGAUGCAGAGAGCAACCUUGACUUCCUCAAGGAGAAGGGUUGCGUUUUGUUGUACGGAGUGGAUGCUCUUACAAUGAGCAAACUACUUCAUCAACAACUGGUGGUUGGAUUUUUGAAGAGCGCUUACAAGCUCUUGGCGAUAAAUGGAGAAAUACACAUAACACACAAGACCAGUCAACCAUUUGAUCGGUGGAAUAUUAAGGAACUUGCUACUGAAGCAGGUCUGCACUUGGUUGAUGAAGUUUGCUUUGAUAAGCGGGAUUACCCCGGUUAUCAUAACAAAAAGGGGGAAGGCCAUGGAAUUAGAUGUAACAAGACUUUCCCUGUAGGUGUUUGCUCUACUUUCAAAAAAAGUGGAAUUUUUAAGGUUAAAAAAAUAUUGAUCAAAAAUAACUUGGGAAGAAAGAUCUUCCUACAUUAUUUUAAUCUUAGUAAAAAAAAAAAAUUGAGUUUUCUGGCGGGGAAGGAAGCGGCCUAUUUUUUCGAAGAAUCUAAACACGCCGUAAGUCGUCUGGCUGAGAAAACCACGAAAUCAUCCAAAACCCCAAUUCAUUCUAAUUCUAAUUCGGAAUCUCCGGAUAUUCUCCCGGAGAUUCUCCGCCAUUCUUUACCGGCCAAGAUUUAUCGGACGGAGGUUUGUUCUGAUUCAUCACUGUCAACUUGGGCAAAAUGGGCACUUCCCAAAUCCACAAAUGCAUCUGUCUCCCCUGAUGUUUUGAAUCCUCUCACUGGCUUUCUCUCUCUUCCCCAAGUUACCUUUGGUCCCAAGAGGUGGCAGUUGCCGACAGCGCAGUCAUCGGUUACAGCAUCAACAGCCAAUGAGUUGCGCCUCCAACACCAAACACACAUCAAUCCUGAUAAAGCCAGAGCUGCAGCCGAAGGUCUUGCACACAUUGGGAAAGCCUUUGCUGUUGCCACUGCAAUUAUCUUUGGUAGUGCUGCGCUCACAUUCGGAUUCUUUGCAUCACAGCUAGACCUUCAUAAUACUGAUGAUAUUCGGACAAAGGGAAGGGAUUUAGUCCGGCCAAAAUUCGAGAAUAUCAAAGAGCAAUUGCACCCCCUGAAACAUUGGGCUGAAAACACUUCAAAGAAGUGGCACCUCAAGAAUGAGCAGGAUAUAAAAGAGAGGCCCAUUGUAAAGAAGCUUUCAAAGAUAUUACGUGCAAAAGAUUCUGCGUGACCUGAAUCUGUUGUGUUCUUCGUUUUCUCCUUGUCUGUAUAUCUCUGUAAGUGGUGACUGGUGACUGUGUUGUUGAAAAGAAGAAGCGUAAUGGCAAUAGAUUCCAGUGUUGUCCUUAAAAGAAGUCUAGAUGUUUCCAUGCAUUUUUAUUUUUUUUAAAUGGCUCUCUGUGUUUCAGAUAAUAGAAGGAUAUUGAAUGUAAAAUUUUUUGUGUUCACUUGAAAAUUUAAGCUGGCAAAUGUAUAAUAUCCUGUAAAAAGUUAUCUUUUUUGUUUAUGUAGCACUGUGGCAGACCUCUUAAAUAA